AUGCCCAAGCCAGGAGGAGAGAUCAUACUUGGUGAACUGUUGAAAAAGAAGGCAGAUAAGGGGGUGAAUGUCCUUAUGCUUGUUUGGGAUGAUAGAACUUCAGUGGAGGCACUGAAGAAGGAUGGUUUAAUGGCUACACAUGACAAAGAGACUGGAGAUUUCGUCCAAAAAACAAAAGUUCAUUGUGUGUUGUGUCCACGUAAUCCAGACGAUGGAGAGAGCAUAUUUCAGGGACUCAAGGACCUCGAAACAUGGAACGUUCAAAUAUUUCAAUCAAUUGAUGGUGGGGCAGUUUCUGGCUUCCCAGAAAAACCUGUUGCUGCUGCUGCAGUAGGCCUUGUUAACGGGAAAGAUAACAUCAUUGAUCGAAGCAUCCAAGAUGCUUACAUCCAUGCCAUUCGCCGAGCAAAGAACUUUAUUUACAUCAAAAAUCAGUAUUUUGUUGGCAGCUCGUACAAUUGGAAAUCAGACGAUAUUAAGGUUGAGGACAUUGGUGCAUUGCAUCUCAUACCAAAGGAGCUUUCUUUGAAAAUUGUUAGCAAAAUUGAAGCAGGAGAGAGGUUCACUGUCUACAUUGUAAUUCCAAUGUGGCCAGAGGGUAUACCUAUGAGCGGUUCUGUUCAAGCAAUUUUAGACUGGCAAAAGAGGACAAUGGAGAUGAUGUACACAGAUAUUGCUCAAGCCUUGAGUGCUAAGGGUCUCACUGCAAACCUUAGGGACUGCUUGACUUUUUUUUUUGCCUCGGGAAUCGUGAGGGCCAAAAGAUGGGAGAAUACACAACUCUAG